AUGGUCGGAAAGGACUGUGUUGCCAUCGCAUGUGAUCUUCGUCUUGGUCUCCAGGCCCUUACAGUCUCCAACAACUUCCCCAAGGUCUUCCAGUACGGCGACGUGUAUCUGGGCCUGACCGGCCUGGCCACCGACGUCAACACUGUGAGCGAUCUCUUCCGCUACAAGGUCAACAUGUAUCGCCUUCGUGAGGAGCGCGAUAUUGCCCCUCGCACCUUUGCCAACCUCGUCUCCUCAUCUCUCUACGAGAAGCGUUUCGGACCUUACUUUGUGUCUCCAGUUGUUGCUGGUCUCGACCCCAAGACUGGUCAGCCUUUUAUCUGCGGUUUUGACAGCAUUGGCUGCAUUGACUUUGCCAAGGACUUUAUUGUCUCUGGUACUGCUUCAGAGCAGCUCUUUGGCAUGUGUGAGGGUCUUUGGGAGCCUGAUCUGGAGCCUGAUGCCCUCUUUGAGACCAUCUCCCAGUCUUUGCUUAACGCUGUCGACCGCGAUGCCCUUUCCGGCUGGGGCGCUCAUGUUUACAUUAUUGAGAAGGACAAGGUUACCAAGCGAUUACUAAAGGGGCGACAAGAUUAG